AUGUCUGGCAAGCAGCGGUACCACUCCGCCUUCCCGCACCCCAAGCCGGCGAAGGAGAUCUACUCCUCGCGCCCCACGGGCUCGGGGUGGCCAGAGCAGUGCCCGCCGAUCAAGGCGGCGCAGGCUUUCGGGUGGGACGUCAUCAACCCUCUGGACAUCGAGUUCGUGUACGGGGAGGACGGAUGGGAGAUCGCAGAGGUCACCGAGGUGGACGGCGACGACCUUCGUGUGCGCUCGGGGGUGAAGCCCCAUGACCAGGACCGUGGCGGUGUCGGCCACCCCGACGCGGCGGUUUGCCCCACAAGAUCUCCCCGCACGUGUAUCCCGAGAUCCGGCACCAGGUGAAGGUGUCCACGUUUCUUUUCUUGAAGACCCCGCCUGGCUGGGCGGUGCUGCAGAGCGACAUACCGAACCUGCAGCGGCCUUUCCGCGUCCUGGCCGCGCUCUUGGACACCGACUGGUAUUUCCCGGACGGGUUUGGGAUGAGGUGGAAGGGCCGCCUCGGGAAAUUGGAUCCUGCUCCGAUCUGCCCGCUCCCACGAGAUCCAGGGCGGGUUGUUCGGGCGGGAGGAGG